AGUGCACCCGCAGGGGGGCUUGUUUUGGUCACGUGACUCAGGGUCGACUAAAAAAUUCGCGGGAACCAACAUGGCGGAGUUGAUGUCAACCGUUUCGGACUCCGUCCAAUGUCCCGUUUGUUUCAAAGACUUCACGCCCGAGGCGAUAAACGGACACCUGGACGCGUGCCUGCUGAGCAGCGCUGCGGAGAGCGGCCCUCCCGGGAAGAAAGCGCGCAUUUCGGAGCCUGCCGACGUUUCCUCCUCCCCCAUGGCCGGGACGCAGUCUUCUUCUUCGGCGGUGUUCGCUCUGUUUCAGGCCAACAAGGGGAAACCUGACGGCCAGCCCGAGCGAAGCGCCAGUAAAGCGAGUCCCGUCCGUGCUCUCGGUACCAAGCGUGCAGCGACGGAGGCUGGUCCGGGAUCAGCAGGGACAGAGAGUCCAUGUGCGUCAAACGGGGAGUCCGCUCAGAGCAGCGGCUCCGCAUCUGCGCGGACCUUGCUUUCGUUAAACAAACCUCUGGCGGACGUCCUGAGACCGAACACGCUGGAGGAUUACUUUGGCCAGAACAAGGUCAUAGGCCAGCAAACUCUCAUCCGGUCGCUUCUGGAAACUCAGGAGAUCCCCUCUCUGAUCCUCUGGGGUCCGCCGGGAUGCGGAAAGACGACCCUGGCCCACAUCAUCGCCAGCACGAGUAAAAUCAAAGGAUCGGCUCGUUUCGUCACGCUGUCGGCAACCAGUGCGUCCACCAACGAAGUCCGGGAGGUGAUUAAGCAGGCGCGGAAUGAGCUCCGGCUCUGCAAGAGGAAAACAAUCCUGUUUAUUGAUGAGAUUCACCGCUUCAACAAGUCCCAACAGGACACCUUCCUGCCCCAUGUGGAGUGCGGGGCAGUCACUCUGAUUGGAGCAACCACUGAGAACCCGUCCUUCCAGGUGAACGCGGCUUUGCUGAGCAGGUGCAGGGUGCUGGUACUGGAGAAGCUGUCAGUCGAGGCAAUGGGCUUGAUCCUGAACAGGGCUGUGGCCGCACUUGGGAUCCAAGUCCGGGGAGAAGGUCCAACAAAUUCCUCUAAUCGAAACCAGACCAAUGGCAAUGAACCAAAUAUAUCCAUCGAACAGAAAGCCUUGGACACCAUAGCCUACCUCUGUGAUGGCGACGCAAGAACAGGACUCAACAGUCUCCAGCUGGCAGUUCAGGCGCAGAUGAAAUCCCCGCGAUCGAACCGGUCGACGGCAGAUGGACUUCCUCCACAGGUCGUGGUGACAGAGGAGCACAUCAAGGAGGGUCUCCAGAGGUCCCACAUCCUCUACGAUAAAGCUGGUGAGGAGCAUUACAACUGCAUCUCUGCGUUGCACAAGUCCAUGAGAGGCUCCCAUGAGAACGCCUCCCUCUACUGGCUGGGCCGCAUGCUGGAGGGCGGCGAGGACCCGCUCUACGUGGCCCGCAGGCUGGUCCGCUUCGCCAGCGAGGACGUAGGUUUAGCAGACCCCGCCGCUCUCACUCAGGCUGUGUCGGCCUUCCAAGCCUGUCACUUCAUCGGCAUGCCUGAAUGUGAGGUGAUUCUGGCUCAGUGUGCCAUCUACCUUGCCCGGGCACCCAAGUCUGUGGAGAUCUACAAGGCCUACAGCAAUGUUAAGGCCUGUCUGAGAAACCACAAAGGCCCCCUUCCUCCUGUCCCCUUGCACCUCCGCAACGCACCCACCAGGCUGAUGAAACAGCUGGACUAUGGCAAAGGCUACAAAUACAACCCGGCGUUUCACAACCCUGUGGAACAGGAGUACCUGCCUGAGGAGCUGCGAGACGUUGACUUCUUCACCUGGACACCGUCAGACUCUUGAUUUAGUCUGCAGGUUGUGGAGCUAGAAUCCAAAUCUACAGAAGGAAAGCAGGCUUUUGUCUUCUAACGGCUUGUUUCCAGCUGUUAAUAACAUGCCCAGCUGGUGCAAGCAUGUGUUGUCCAACCAGAUUUAUUUAUGUUUAUUAUUUUUUUUUGAGAGAAAAGGUUAAUCAAUUGGGCAGAUUAUUCUCAAAUUAAACCGGUUUCUUGUCAUUACUCCACUUCUUUACACAGAUACAGAUUUAAUUUUAAUUAACACUGUUAAAGCGUGUACAAGUUCAGACCUUCAUGCUUUCUUUUUUUAGUUGUUCAUCACUAAUAAAAAUGUUAAUACUGUAAUGUAUUGGAUAUUAUAUAUCUUGUUAAUAUGUCUAAUUUUUCAAGGACAAACACAAUAAAAUAAUAUGAAAAGUU